UGAUCAGCAGUUCGUCAGCAGAGCCUGUCAGUUCUGACUCUACCUGAGGAGACAACAGAGUCGCUGCUGCCGGCGCGGACCCAGACAUGCUGUCAAUCAAAGUCACUGCGAUAGCGAUCACUCUCCUGACUGUGUGUGCGCUGGGCACGAGCACAAUCUCGGGUUAUCAGGGAUGCUGCCGAGGCUACAUGAAGGGCAAAUUACGAUUGUCAAUUAUCGAAGGAUACUCAGUGCAGGACAUUUCAGAGAUGUGUAACAUCAAUGCCAUCAUUUUCCACACAACCAGGGGUAAAGCCUGCACUAAUCCCGCUUUGAGAUGGGUGAUGGACCGCGUCAACAGUAUAAGGUCUAAAGCACAAAAAGCUCACCAGAAUGCAGCAGAACUAGAUGCAUAAAGAAGACCAGCUCCUUCAAAAGAGUUUCAUCUCAGCUUCACCUAUUCAGUAAACAAGGUGGUUUCCUGGUUUUAUAGGUCAAUGAGCCCCAGCUUGAAAACCUACUGUAAAUAGAAAAGGAACAGAUAUCUGCUCAGUUGUAAGAACACUGUAUGUGUAUGUGUAUGUGUAUUAUGUGUAUUAUGUGUAUUUUUAUAAUCCCAGUAUGUGAAAAAAAAAAUGCGUUGUACAUGUAUGUAUACCAUCUGCUGCAAAUAAAAUGAGUACUUAAUCAGUGACAA